AGCCUCCGCGUGAACCCCACGGGUUCCGGAACGCUGACCCACGCUCCCCGCGGUCGCUCUGCUGAGUGACCCCACCGUGGCAUCUGAGGAGCUGUCGUUCGUCCUGUGCGGCGGGAAGCAGCGGCGGCCUCCACGUUUUAGGAGUCUCUGUAGAAGCUGAAAUCCAUCAAUCACCGUUCUUCAAAAUGCAAUGGAAUGUACCAAGGACUGUACUCCGACUGGCACAUAGGACAUGCAUGGAACCACAUAAAGCUGGUCUUUUUGGACACUGUCAAAACAUAAAGGGACCAUUACUUUUGUGUAAAGCUGAAUCCAGGGUAGUUUUGGUACAGGGCCCUCAAAAACAAUGGUUGCACUUAUCUGCUGCCCAGUGUGGUGCAAAGGAAAGGAAGCCAUUCGAUGUUCAUCCACCUCAACUGGGGAUCCUUCACCAUAAACAGUGGGAGCAAGAUAUUUUAUCCAAGAGGCUUAUAUCGUCCAAUGCCUCAUCUCCAAAAAAGGAAGAACCUGAUCCUUUACAAGAUAAAUCUAUUAGUCUUUAUCAACGAUUUAAGAAAACAUUUAGACAAUAUGGAAAAGUUUUGAUUCCAGUGCAUCUAAUAACUUCUGGUGUUUGGUUCGGAACAUUUUAUUAUGCAGCCAUAAAAGGAGUGAAUGUCGUUCCUUUUCUAGAACUUAUUGGGUUACCUGACAGCAUAGUAAACAUUCUGAAAAAUUCUCAAAGUGGAAAUGCACUAACAGCAUAUGCCUUGUUUAAGAUUGCAACACCUGUCCGAUACACCGUGACUUUGGGAGGAACCUCCUUCACUGUGAAGUAUUUGCGUAGCCAUGGUUACAUGUCGACACCGCCUCCUGUUAAGGAGUAUCUACAGGACAGGAUGGAAGAGACAAAGGAGCUUCUCACAGAGAAAAUGGAAGAAACAAAGGAUAGACUCACUGAAAAAUUACAAGAAACCAAAGAAAAAGUUUCUUUUAAGAAAAAAGUGGAAUAGGUGCCUUAUAUAAUAGAUUAUAGACAAUUCUUGCACUUUAACCCUUUGGAGACUAUGGAGACAUGGCUUCUGAUUAUUUUUUUGGUUAGUUGCCUAAAUAUACCAGUUCUCUGAGGGUUAAAGAACUAAGGUUCCUUUUUAACAUUAAAUAUCACUAGGAAAAUCACUGUUUUUUGAAAAGAAAAAAUGAACCCAGUAUAAGAAUUUCACAUCAGUAGCAACAUAAGCAGUAGUUGUAAGUCUGCGCUCUUUUUCAGGGCCGGCAGAAUCAUACUUGCUGUGUGUUAUGUUGCAGCUCUAAUUUAUGCAGGUGAGGCCAUUGAUGCCUUGAUUAACUGAGGUGGCCCUCGGGAGGAUGUUACCACUGGUCUUCAACUUAAUGUUAUUCACCAAGGUUUUAGCUAUAUUCGGUUCUCAAUAUGGAGACCAACUAUUAUCAUCAAAACUGCCUGUGCAUAAGAGGAUAUUUAGUCUUUCUAUAUAAAACAGUUACAUACCAGUAAAAAUACAGACUUUAUAUGAAGAAAACUGAAUAAAAAUGGAGUCAUAUAUAUGUAAAUAAGAUGUAUUGGUUAUAUGUAAAUGA